AUGGAGACAGGGAGUGCAAUUUCAAGAAGUAAAUGGGAAUUUGGAACUAAAGCAAAAGGUGACGAUAACCCCACCGGGUGUGAUGCUCCAAAUCUUCCUGCAUUUCAAAUCAACAUCCUGAUAGCCGAUGUAUUUUAUGACCCACCAAUAUGA